CCAAGAUUCAAGCGCUGUAUAGAAGUAAUAAGUUGGACCUGCUGCUUGAAGAGAACCAAAGAUAAAUAGCAAGGAGAAGAUUGGAUAAAAAGAUAGGCAAUCUCUGGACCAUCGACGUCGUUGGAAGUCGUUAUCUUAUCUCUUGGACCCCUGGCUGAUGAGCGAAGAAUAAAGUGGGGAGCUUCCCCACAAUCGACAACUGCCAUCAUUUUUCUCUGGAGGCAACAGAACAAGAUCCGAAAAAGCAGUGAAGCAAAGCCAAAUUCAUAGAGCAUGCAUAUUGUUUGCGAUUUUGCGUCACUUUCAAUUUAAUUGAAGCUUUACCUAUUAUAUCUCUCCAGUGCCUCACGCUUCCAGGUCUUCACCGCUUCUACGCAGCCUGAAAUGACCCCUCACUCUGACCAGAACGGAGUGCCCGAGGUUCGAGACAUUGAACAUCCUGGAUAGGGACGCCCAGUGUGACAAGAAGAUGCCAAGAAGAAUGACACCAUCACGCAGCUUAUGCUCUACAGGACCUGGCGGCCAACGAGAUGAAUCACCGGCUCUUCUCACCACCGAAUCCGGGGUGGUGGCACCAGGCUUUUAAGCCAAGCAAGCACCGGGCGCGCCCGUCCUCCAGCCGUCCAGCCCAGUUCGCACAACCCAGGCGCACCAAACGAGAGCCCUGGAUGAGGGGCAGGGAGGGGCAGCGUCUGGAUCCAGCAUCCAGGGGGUCUCCUUUGGGUGCCCAGGUGAUGUCAGAGCCCUGGCCAAGACGGGUGCUUUGGAGGCACUAGCAGUUCUUGAGCGAUGCUAGUUGGGCGAUGAGACGGGAUGCUAAGAGGAAGGUGGUGAAAAAAUCCCUUGACCCCCCGUGUGAUCACACUUUUUUUUUCCCCUUCUUGCGGUGCCUGGUCUUAGAAGACGUGGCUUGGAAAUGCGGAGUUCCAAGAAGCACCAAAACGUACCAUUUGAUCCCGUUUAACAAGCGCAGCCUCUUACCGGUUGCCCAACUAUUAAGGUGCCCUACUUCCUCAGCAACGCCCAACGUCUACGAGGAAUCUUCAAGAAAAAGAAAAAAAAACCGAGUUGCGCACUUCUUUCUGGCUGCGGUACAAAUAGCCAGCUUCCUGUUCCGCUUCAUACGUACCUGUUUUGGAGAAGACCAUUCUUUGUCCUCAUAUCGCAUUCUUCACACGCACACGGCCCACGCCUGGAAGGUCUCUCCCAGUACACCACACGCACAUCACCCAAAGCCCUUAUCCCUAAGAAACCACCCACUCAGCCAAAAUGUCCGGACUUGCUUCCUCUGGCCGCGGCGGCGCCGGCAACAUGCGCGACCAGUCCAAGACCCCUACGGUCCAGCCCGAGGACCUCGAGACUCCCACCCUCAAGGGGUCCAACGUUGUGACCACCGGCCGCGGCGGGUCCGGCAACAUGGCUGCGAACCUCGACGAGGAGGAGAAGCGCCGGCGUCAGGAUGUUCAACCUGUCGCUCGUCGCCCUAGCCAUGGCGCCAUCAACACAGGCCGCGGCGGCGCCGGAAACGUCGUCAAUGCGGACAAGGCUGGGCGCCCCUCGUCGGAGGAGGCGGUUGAUACCUCGGAUUUGAAGAAGACGCCUUCGCCCAAAACCGAGGAGGAGAAGAAGAGCUGGACGGACAAGUUGUUUGGCAAGAAGCAGUAGGCUGUUUUUGCGUGCGAAGGGGUUCUGUUGCGGUUAUAAACGAGGGGUUUAUGUUCGUUUGUGAUGAUGUUAAAUACCCGGGUUUUUUUCUCAUCUUCUAGGUGGCGUUGAAAAGGGGUGAUGAUGUUAUUCGGCAGGGUUUUUUUUUUCUUUGGCUUGGAAAAAUGAUGAAUGGAGAGGAGAAUAGGUGCCAGCGUUCAGGGAAUUGAAUGCUGGAUGAGAUAUCUAGACAUGAUUGAAUAUAAUGAUGCAAUGUCUUAACUUGGAUAUGAAGGGUGAUGUAUAUGAUUAUCCAUGAUACC